ACAAUAUUAACUGUCUGAUUUAAAUGAAUGGUUAGGAUCAUUUUGAUGCAUAUGUAUGAUAGUCGUCCGAUGUAAAAUCAAUAGACAAGAUCAAUUACUGCAUUAAUUGUGUCCUGCAACAAAUCUUGUUCCUAGUGUUUGUAUUUUGAUGUUGAAAUAACAUAUUCCAAAAAUAUUACUCUAAACAUCUACAGGUUUCCUACAUUGUAACUAGACAGAAUCAGUUAGUGAUGGAAUUUUAAAAACAACUUCUAAGAUAAUCUUGCUUUAAUUGUUAGGUUUAAAAGUGGGUUAAAUUUAUUCUUUGAAUUUAGUCACUUUUGAUCAUUUGAUUUGAUUCAAAGUUAGAGGAAACUUUUUAAGCUGCAAAAACAAAAGCACAAGUGGCAAGAAAAACACUUAGUGUGGUAGGGUACUAAGAUGCACAUGUUAUUAUUAUCAUUUAGGCUUAAUUGCACUUUUGAUCUUCCUAUUUUAUAAAACUCACGAAAAUAGUCCCUUUAUUUUAAAAUUGAACAUUUCUUUAAGAGGAUUAUUAUUAAUAUUAUUGUUUUUUUUUUUGAACAAAUAAUAUUAUUGUUAUUAUGAUUAUUAUUGGCAUCAAAUAUUUGUCAUCACCACUCUACUCACAUAUAUAUAAGUGAUGCACUUCACUUUAAUUCCUACAUCCUAGGGCCUUUCUCUCUUUGAUCUUCUUUGUAAGUGAAUUAAAAUGGUUUCCAUUCCUUCUCAACCUUCUAAGGAAAUUCAAUCAGAACAAAAAGGGGCGGAUAUUGGCCCCGCUCGCCAUGCUAAAUGGUGGUACUCGACUUUCCACACGGUGACAGCCAUGAUAGGUGCUGGUGUUCUCAGCCUGCCAUAUGCCAUGGCAUAUCUAGGAUGGGGACCAGGGAUCUUGAUGUUGUUAUUAUCAUGGUGUCUAACCUUAAACACAAUGUGGCAAAUGAUCCAGCUACAUGAAUGCAUUCCGGGGACACGAUUCGAUCGAUAUAUUGAUCUUGGUAGACAUGCUUUUGGACCAAAACUUGGACCAUGGAUUGUUCUACCUCAGCAACUGAUUGUACAAGUUGGGUGUGAUGUUGUUUAUAUGGUUAUUGGUGGAAAGUGUCUAAAGAAUUUUGUGGAGAUAGCAUGCACCAAUUGUACACCAAUUAGACAGUCUUAUUGGAUUAUGAUAUUUGGUGGAAUUCAUUUUUUUCUGUCUCAGCUUCCAAAUUUCAAUUCUGUUGCUGGUGUUUCUUUAGCAGCAGCUGUGAUGUCAUUAAGUUAUUCCACUAUAGCCUGGGUGGCAUGCUUAUCUAGAGGUAGAAUUGACAAUGUUAGCUAUGCAUACAAACCAAUCAGCAAAACUGAUUUAUUGUUUAGAAUCUUCAAUGCACUUGGCCAAAUAUCAUUUGCAUUUGCUGGUCAUGCAGUGACCCUUGAAAUUCAAGCUACAAUUCCAUCAACACCUGAUAAACCAUCAAAGAUACCAAUGUGGAAAGGUGCUCUUGGUGCCUAUUUCAUCAAUGCAAUAUGUUAUUUCCCAGUUGCAAUUAUAGGUUAUUGGGCUUUUGGACAAGAUGUUAAUGAUAAUGUACUUAUGUCACUUCAAAAACCUUCUUGGCUUAUUGCUUCUGCUAAUUUGAUGGUAUUCAUCCAUGUUGUUGGUAGCUAUCAGGUUUACGCAAUGCCUGUUUUUGACUUGAUUGAGGGGAUGAUGAUGCGAAGAUUAAACUUCCCUCCUGGUGUAGCGCUUAGACUUGUAGCUCGAUCUGCUUAUGUAGCUUUUACAUUAAUAUUUGGGGUCACUUUUCCUUUCUUUGGAGAUCUUCUUGGAUUCUUUGGUGGAUUUGGUUUUGCACCCACUUCAUAUUUUCUUCCUAGCAUAAUGUGGUUGAUAAUCAAGAAGCCAAGGAAAUAUAGCAUCAACUGGUUCAUCAAUUGGGGUUCAAUUUACAUAGGAGUAUGUAUUAUGCUAGCAUCUACAGUUGGUGGUUUGAGGAACAUUAUUGCUGAUUCAUCUACUUAUAGUUUCUAUACCUAAAGUGCAUGCAUGAUGUUGCAAUUAUUACAAACCUUUACUUUUUUUAGUAUGAUCAAUCAUAGUUAUUGUAUGAUUAAUUUAAGAAAAUAAUAGGUCACAUAAAGUAGCAUAUGAUGAAUGACAUGUUGUAGGAGCAAUAUCUUACAAAUGUCAAGAUGUUGAAAGAAGCUGCAAAUCAUUUAUGAAUGUUGGUAUUCUUGAGUUUUCAUCUCAAAAUUAUAUAAUGUAUCCCUACAACAUGAGUUUCUUUUAA